AUGACGGAUUUUUCACGACCACGGACGUUUUGCGCUCUUCUGGAAGAAAGUAAGUUCCCGACUCUCCAUCGGCUGGACAAGCACCGCUGUGUCCCAAUCACAGUGCUUCCAGAAGAGGUGAAUGGUCAACUGACCGAACUGUCGACAACAACGAAGCGCCAGUCGCUAGGUGAUGUUCGGCAGCCGUCAAAGAAAUAUCAGUGCCAAUUCUGUUCCCAUUCGUUCUAUUCAUUUCGAGCGUACAAAGAACAUUGCUCACAACAUCAGGGACUUCGGCCACAUCUCUGUUGGACGUGCCACAAAUCGUUUAGAACUAGUGAGCUGCUCGAACUUCACAAGGAAGUGCACAAUCGCGGUCCAAUUUACUGUGAAUACUGUCCGGCUAUACUCCAAGGACGACAGCAAUAUACACAGCACGUGCAGGCACGACAUCAACCUGAAUCAGGAAUCGCUAAACACAUCGGAGUUGACUUAACUGACAGAGCUGCAGGUGCAGUGUCAGCACAGUUCCCUGAACUCACAGGGCGUGAACUAGCUGAGAACCUAUUUCGCACACGCGCCCUGUCAGUCACUCAGGAUGAUGUUGAGGCGACAGGGGACCCAGUUGUACCAGAUGAUCGACCUAUUCGUUGCCAAGUGUGCAGCCAUCUAUACGACACGAUCGCAUAUCUGGUUAGCCACUGGAUGAAGUGGGUCAAUUUGAGUCUAAUUACAUUUGGCGUUACUCAGAGGAUCUAUUUUAGUGUUUAUUUUACCAUACAUAUCUUUCAGUUGUGGGUUCGAUCGCGAUCACUCGUUCAGUGUAAUUUUUUUUUUUUUCAUGCCCCUUGUGCAAGAGCUCUCUAA